AUGAACAGAGCCCGCAUGAAGGCAUUGAAGGCGUUCCUGAGCAGGCCUUGGGUUAAACAGAAGCUGCACGAGGCGCUCAAAGAGUUCAACCAUGCAUCGUACAAGCGCCUGUGCGACGCAGUGGCCGACGUUUCCCUCCAGAGCAACAAGCGUUGCGACGAGCUGCACGAGAAGAUCAGGAAGCUCAGGGGGCAGCUCUCUAAAGAGACCCAGAAGGCACAGGACCAGGGCGAGCAGGUCAAGCAGCUGCAGAAGGAGAACCAACGGCUCGCGAAGGAGAACAAGCAGCAGGGGGAGCUCCUCGAGAAGCAGCAGGCUGAGCUUGACAAGGCCCAGGCUGCGCUUAAGGCCAGCCAGGAGUCUCCUGUGAUGGCGAACGUUCAGGCAAUGGGGAUGACCUCCCUUGGCAAGGCCAUGGAGCGCCCGAACCACACCGAAGACGUCCUCCACCGCACGUUCGCGGUUGCGAAUGCGAAGAAGCUCGCCGUGGCGCUCGCGGAAUCGAUGAUGGUCGGCCCAAUCGACAGGCCAGGCAGCUCGACCGUGUGGGACUUGCCCAUCAAGCACUGGGAGGGCCGAACCCAGAAGACAACCAGCUACGUCGUUGACGUAGUCUCGUCCCCAGGAGAUCUGUCCGCUGUCGACUGGGGCCCGGUCAAGGAAAUGAUGUCGAAGGGGGACUACAACAGCCUGCCGCCGCCACUGGGGUUCCCCACGAAGACAGAGAUCCCGAUGUUCCUCAACCUUCACGUGUCGAAGCCCGCGGGCGAAGAUUACAUCGUGGUGAAGUUCAUAUCAUUCCUCAACAGGGGGAAGUUCAGCGUCAUCCAGCAGCAGCUGAUCGAUGGCGAGCCCUACGUCCCCGACUGGACCCGCGACCGUCACACGACGCUGAAAACGAUGCACUUGCUGUUCGACAACAUGGGCGGCAUCUUGUUCAAGUACUGGGAGUUCGCGGCGCCAGUCGCGGCGCCAGCGGCCGUCGCGCCUGGUGACGAGGACGGCGUGGAGGUGAAGAAGAGGAAGCUGCGCGUGGGCUUCGACUUCAUCAUGGCAGAGGCGCCGCGCGGGUAUUUUGAUUGCGAGCAAAUGCUGUGGGUCGAGCAUCAGCUCGUCGAUCCAGACAGCCCCGUCCACCACUUCAGGCGCGAGCUCAUUGACAGGGUGCUCGAGAAGAUCCAGGACAGGGACCACUUUGCUGUCAAAGAGACGUAUUACCCGUGCCUGCUUCAUGAUAUUCGCCCAGAGUAUCUGGACAUCGCAAAGCGCAUCAUCAAGACGCUGUUGACGAACACAUUGCUCACCAUUGGCGAGGCCAAGUUUGGCAAGACACCUCUCAUGUACAUCCUGGCAAUGGCCAUCGCGCGCUGGCACGCCGACAUGGAGAAGGCGCGGGGCAACGAGGUCGCGGCGGUGCGGGUGUCGGCCGAGAUGGACUUCUUCCGCGGGGAGGUCGGGGAGAAAUGGGCCCCUUGCAUAUUCGACGACGGGGGCCUCUCCGACCAGCGGCCCCGCGUGCUCAAGGUGCGGGCGGGGAAAAAGCUGGUUGUGGCCGCGUUGCUCGACGCUGGUGUUAUCCCGCGCGCGUCCUGCGUGGUGCGAGAUACCUCCAUCGAUCGGGGGGCCUGCACAGCCUCUUCCCCCCUUCCGCCGCAGGCGUUCUUCGACCCGACACAGAUGCAGGCGAUGACCUAUGUCAGGUGGGGCGCGCCCAAGUUCGUGCGGGGCCAGGCGAGGUUCGGCGGGGAAAACGAGUACAAUGCGUCCGCAGAGCCGUCGCUCGAAGACUGGGUAUUCGCCGUCACCAGUAGCGACAAUGCGAAGAAGACGACGCAGUUCCUCAUCGACAUGAUACUGCCUGCCUUCCCCAAGCACUUCUCCAGCAGUCAGAUCGGGGCGAUGCUGAAGCGGUGCAACACCCUGCUGAACACGAAGACCGCUCUGUACUUCCGCCCAGCUGGCCAGGGUAGCGCUGUCGAGAAGUACCCGCUGUACGAGGGGCACUUGAAACCAGAUGCAGGCAGGGUUCUCUGGGCGCACCUGCAGGACUCCAGCGUUCGCCGCGAUGCCGAGGAGUUCGGCCGUCUGCCCUCGUUCGAGAAGAAGGACAUGGCCGAGCUCAUGGCGAAGCACAUGAAGUCUGCCCGCGCCGCCGCCGCGGCGCUUGAGUACGCAGCCGAGAAGGGCGACGCGGAUGCGGAGGCGGCCGCGGGCGCGCCAGCGGUGCCCAGCCCCCCUGAUGAUUUCGACGAGCAUGGCUUCUUCGGCGGCGCCCCUGAGGCUGCUCCAGUUGUGCCGCGCACGCCAGAGGCGGCUCCGACCACGCGCAUCAAGCUGGAGCCUGGCGUCUGGAAGAACCUGAAGAUCCAGCCAAGCGCCUGCAUCGACCUCAGCACCCCAUCGCCUAAGAAGCGCGAUAUGACGCUGGAGAGGCAGCUCGAGCAGAUCCUGGAUGAGGAGGGGCAGAGGGGAGCCGCAUCGUCUGCGGGCAGCGGGGCCCAGGCUGCGUGA